AUGUAUAUUUCCAAAGAGAAAAGAAUGAGAGUGCUGCUGUCAAUAUUGUCUAUUAUUGACUUUGGAUAUUGUUUUGAUAAUAUUACAUAUAUAGCUGUAAUAAUUUCUUCCUUGCUUGUUUUGUGUAGUAUUGGUACUUAUGUUAUAAAAUAUUAGUCAGUCUUAUAUUUAAUAAUGAUAAAUGUUUGUCAAUAAUAAUUAUCAUUUUAUAUUAUGGAAAGGAUUUAAUUUUAUAUGGGCCAUCAAGGACAUGGCCAUUAUUAUAUCUUUUAAAACUUGUUGGAACUCCAAAAUAUUUUUUUUUAUUAUUAUUUUCGAAUCAAAUAGUAUUCGAUUCUCUUGAUUCAUUAUGGGUUUAUAAUGUCAAAAGAAAGGAUCAUAAUUGCAUUUAAUUAAUCCUGAUAUUAUUAUUAGAAGGUUAUUCUUAAUAUAUUAAACAGAAAUCUUAUUACUAAUGCCUUAAGUUAUUGAUAAAGCAAUUCAAAUAGGAAUGCGUUCUUUAAAUUUUUGAUUAAAAUUAAAAGUCUAUAAAUGAAAAUAAUCAUUAGUUACCAUUUUCAAAUAGAUUAUAGACAGAAAAUACUUUAAUUUGGAGUCCUAGGGGGGAUUAAAUAAAUUUAUUUCAAGAAGAUAAGGAUAUUGUUUAUAAAUUAUUUUUAAAUAAUGAUUUAGGAUUAUCAAUAGAUUCCAAUCCAUAGCAAUUACAAUAAUAAUUAACUUUUAGAUCAAGUAAAGAAUUGUUACAUUUCUUAUCUAAAAAUACCCAUUAUUUCAUUUUAGCUAUUUAUAAUGAUCCACUUCUGAAUACAAAAUUUUAAUAUUAAGUUAAGUACUUUUAAAUAAAUAACUAAUAAAUUUUGUCAUUUUAAAAACUAGAUAAUGGUCUUAUUGUGAGAUAGAAUCAUAAAAUUCUAAAAUACAAGUAAAAUCUAAUUAACAUUUUUAAUCAUAAAUUGAAAACUCCUCUAAACAGUGCAAUUGGACAUCUUAUUACAGCCAAAGAUGAUGAUUAAGUUAUUGAUUAGAUUAAAAAAUUAUAUUUGUAACCAGCUCUUUUGAAUUGCAGAUUACAGUUAUAUUUAGUAUAAGAUAUUUUAGAUUAUUUAUCAAUAGAUAUUGAAUAAUUACCUUUAAUGAAUAAUAAAACUAAUUUGAAAACUUUAUUAUUAGAAGUAUAUGAUCUAAUUGAAUAUUAAUGCAAAUUGAAAAAUAUUGAUAUCCUAUUUAAAAUAAAUAAUGAAAAUUUUAAAAAAAUAGAUCCUAAAUCUUUAUUUGUUUAUACUGAUUCAAACAAAUUGAUCAGAGUUUUGUUAAACAUUUUAAAUAAUUCUUAUAGAUUUACAGAUGAGGGAGGUUGUAUCAUUUUGGAUAUCAGAUUAGAUUAGAUGAAUAAAAUUACUUAUUUUUCAAUAACAGAUAGUGGAUAAGGUAUGGAUGAAGAACAAAUCAAAAAACUGAAUUGUUAAUUGAAAACUUUUGAAAACAUUACAUUUAAUAAAUUAAACAAAUAAUAGGAUAAUAAUCGAAAUAUAAAACUAGGAUUAAGUCUAUUUCUAGCAAAUAAACUAAUAAAAUUGUUGAGUGGGGAUAAUAGUUGUUUACAAUUAAGAGUAUCAAAUGAUCAAUUACUAUUCUCUUUUUCGAUUAGUGAUAUAAAAGAAAUCUAAUCAGCAAGUUCUCUUGGAAAAUCUAAACAUAAUAACUUUGUAAACUAAAAAUCAUUGAGAAGUUUACAUAAUAAAUUUAAUAGCUAAUCCAGUCCUCGAAUAUCCAAAUUUAAAUAAAGUUCAUAGAGAUAAAUAGAUAUAAAGAAUUAUAAUUCAUUAAGAUUAAUUUAAUAGUCUGAUAUAUAUAAUGAACCAUAACCUUAAGUUCCAAAUUAAAUAACAAUCCAUCAAAACAAUUCAAAAUUUCAUCAAUAAAGAAUUCGAAUGAAAACAAUAAAAAAAUCUUUAGAUUCUUAAUUUAGAUCCAGAGCAACUAGUUUUAGAACUCAUCAAAUAGAGUAAAUAAUUCGAUCAGAAUAAUUCUAAUAAUAAUAAUAAUAAAUUUAGACUGACGAAUACAUUUUGAUUGUUGAUGAUGAACCUUUCAAUCAUGAAACUUUGUGUAUGAUGUUAAAAAAUAUGGGAUUUAAAAAUUUCUUGAAAGCAUUUAAUGGUUAGCAAUGUCUCGAUAUCGUCAUAUAGAAUCAUAAUAAAAUACACAUGAUAAUGAUGGAUAUUGAUAUGCCUAUAAUGAAUGGAAUUGAUACGACAAAAUAAUUAGAAAAUUUAAUUAGUAAUAAUACUAUUUGUUACAUUCCAAUUAUCGGAUGCACAGCUCAUGAAGAUUAUUAAUCACAUUUAUAAUGCUUUGAUGCAGGAAUGAUACAUGUAGUUGUAAAACCUGUUUUUAUAAAAUCCAUAUAAGAGGCACUUAAUAAAAUCUCUGAACUUAAAUCAAAUGAAACUAUAAAAGAAGAUACAUCAUCUUAUGUUAUCAAUAGAAUACAAUCUCAAUCUUCUAAUUUUCAGUGA